ACACUGUCCAGUGUACUUCCUAUUCUCCACAUAUAAAAUCAUCAAAUUAGCCAACAGUCAGGUAUCGUCCUACCAGUCCACCAGGCCAUAACAAAGACCACACAACCUCAUGUCUUCACUCACAGCGGACAACUACGUGGGACACCGGACACACACCCUCACAGGGCGCGCGGUCUGACGCCAUGUUGAACACGUGACCAGCCACAGGUGAAACCACCUCCCCCACCCCGUGUGCCCGGUACUGCUAGAGUACAUGCGGUGCGUGUGUACUGCUAUCUGGGAUCUAAAAGUGUAACGGGUGGUGUGGUCAGUGGACCGGUGUAUAUAAGGGUGGGACACGACAGUAACACAGACAAGUCUUAGCUCUAGCAGCUUGUGAUACACGGGUGUCUGGUGCUCUGUGCUACACCCGCAUCCAACUGAGUGCAGGUAGUAAACAACGACUUCCAAUCACAAAGUGUCAGUGUGUUGUUAGAUGUCCAAGAUCCUAUCUGAGACCCGCCAAAAUGACGUCACUAAACACCGGACGGAGCGCACACAGAGAGGUCAAAGGUGAAGAAACCACAAAGACACCAGCAAAGACCAGACAGGAUAGCGCUGACGUCUUCGUCGAGAUUCCGGAAACUUCUCCCGACAGAAAGACAGACAAGACGCAGCAGAACGGCUCGAAGUUGCAGAUUCCUCACAACGGUUCCACUGUCAACGGUCACAAGGGGGACGUCGUUAUAGUCGCUGAUGACGAUGAUGGAAAGAGCGGAUGCUGCGGCAAAAAGAAGAAAGAAACACAAAAGACGGUUGGGGCUUUAGAACUGUUCCGAUUUGCAGGGCCUUUGGAGAUUGUUAUGAUGGCUGUUGGUAUGUUUGGAUCGGUGGUUGCUGGCUGUGGACUUCCUUUGAACAUGAUUGUCUUUGGCGACGUCGUUGACAUGUUUAUCGACAGCAGCAAGAUAGCCAACGCCACCAAUCGGACGUACGCUGACGUCCUGAUGGAGAAGAUGUCCCCCAACACCAUGUAUUUUCUGGUUAUCGCCGCUGUCGUCUUCGUGACCAGCACGAUGGCCGUGAGCUUGUGGACGAUGCCGGAGCGGCAGAUUGUCCACAUCCGGAAACGCUUCUUCAGGUCCAUCAUGCGCCAGGACAUCGGGUGGUUUGACACCCACGAGGCAAGCGAACUCAACUCACGCUUUUCUGCAGAUAUACAGAAGAUCAGUGAAGGACUUUGCGACAAGGUGGCCAUCUUCGUGCAGUGGAUGUCCACGUGCCUUGUGUCCUACAUCGUCGCCUUCGUCCAGGGCUGGAAGCUCACUCUUGCUGUCAUCGGCUUCAGCCCCUUUGUCAUAUUUGCAAGCUCUUUAAUGAUGAGACUGGUGCGCAGUGAGUCCAUCCGGGAACUGCAGGCGUACGCCAAGUCAGGGGCCAUCGCCGAGCAGGCCCUGAGGGCCAUCCGCACCGUGCAGGCCUUCCAGGGACAAGAGAAGGAACAGAAGCGCUACGAAGACAACCUGAAAUUCGCCGUCAAGGCGGGAUCAAGAAAAGGCAUCUUCCUCGGUAUCGGCAUGUCCACCUUUUGGUUCAUAAUAUUCAUGGCAUUUGCUGUGUCCUUCUGGUAUGGCGUGCACCUUAUUCAGACUGAGGGGUUUAGUCCCGGAAAUAUUCUGCCUGUCUUUUUCGGGGUUUUCUUCGGCUCCAUGUCUCUUGGCAACGCUCUGCCCAACUUGGAAAACUUUUCCGAUGCCCGCGCAGCCGCCGCGAAGGUGUUUGAGAUCAUCGACCUUUCGCCUCAUAUUGACGUCAGUUCCGACAAGGGAGAGAAGAUCAUGAGCCUCAAGGGGGUCAUCGAGUUCAAGAAUAUCCACUUUCGUUAUCCGGCCAGACCGGACAUACCAGUGUUGAAUGGCCUUGACCUUAGAGUGGACCCAGGUCAGACUGUGGCAUUGGUAGGAGCCAGCGGAUGCGGAAAGAGUACGACCAUUCAACUCUUACAGAGAUUUUAUGACCCGGAAAUGGGGCAGGUCACAGUGGAUGGACACGACAUCAAGACCUUGAAUCUGAAAUGGCUACGAGACCAGAUCGGCGUGGUCAGUCAGGAGCCCGUGCUCUUCGCUGCCACCAUCGCCGAAAACAUCAGGUACGGCAAGCGUGACGUCACCCAGGCCGCCAUCGAAGCUGCCGCCAAAGAGGCCAACGCCCAUGGCUUCAUUUCACACCUUCCUCAGGGCUACGACACGCUGGUGGGAGAGAGGGGGGCGCAGCUGAGUGGGGGGCAGAAGCAGCGAAUCGCCAUUGCACGAGCCCUCGUGCGCAACCCGCGCAUCCUGCUGCUGGACGAGGCCACGUCAGCGUUGGACCACGAGAGCGAGGCCGCCGUGCAGAGCGCACUGGAGAAGGCUGGGCAAGGGAGGACCACGAUCGUUAUCGCUCAUCGCCUGUCCACCAUCAGGAACGUGGACAAAAUCGUCUCCAUCAGUGCUGGCUGCAAGGAGGAGGAAGGCAACCACCACAGUCUCAUCGCCAAAGGUGGACUGUACGCUCAGCUGGUCAACCUGCAGACCACAGCAGAAAAGGAAACAAAAACAGACGUCGACGACCUGGACAUUGUAGAAGAUGAUGAUUGGCGAUUCUUUGCUGGAAAAAGACUUGGUGUCGCACAAAGUGGGUUUGAGACGAUUUUCCACUGUCUCCGGCCUAUCCGCACUCUCAGCAUUCGCUUGAGCAAACGCAGCAUCAGGAGCAGGAGUGGGGUGGACAAGGACAAGAACAAGACAAGAAUCAGACGAGAUGUAAAUGUGGCAUCACUCUCAACAGAGGAGGAGACUGCGUACAGUCUGAGGAGAAUAAUGCAGCUCAACUCUCCGGAAUGGCUGUCAAUUGUUGUUGGUGUCUUAUGUUCCAUGGCAGCUGGCGUAUGCCAACCUGCUUUCACCUUAAUUCUAACAGAAUACAUCAGAAUUUUCGGCUACACAGACAGAGACGAGCAGUCCCACCAAGCCAUGGUUCUGGGAGUGAGUGUCAUUUGUGUCGGCAUCGCCACAGGGAUUUUUCGACUUGCGCAGAACUGGUGCCUGUCAUCGUCAGGGUCAAAGUUGACGGCUCGUCUGCGUGGCAUGACAUUCAAGGCACUGAUGCGACAGGAUAUGAGUUUCUUUGACGCGAAAAACCAGGUCAGCGCCCUGACCACAAAGCCUUCUGAUGCGGCCUUAGUGCAAGGGGCGACUGGGUCAAACGUCGGCCAGGUUCUGUUAACCGUAGCCACACUCACCUCAGCUCUAAUAAUCGCCUUCGUGUUCGGAUGGAAGUUGACGCUGGUUGUACUGGCCUUCUUGCCAAUCAUCAUUGCUUCAGAAAUUAUGAAGGGAAAAGUUAUCGCAGGCUCGGCCAAAAUCAGAGAAAUCCCAAUACAAGAAGCUGGCAAAAUUUGUUCGGAAGCGGUGGACAAUAUUCGCACAGUGGCCUCGCUAAACAGGGCAGACGUCUUCAUUGAGCGGCUGGAGUCCCUCGUCGACGUCACAAAAAGGACGGUUGUGAAGGCGGCGAUGACGUACGGCGUGACCUACGGCAUCUCCAACAGCAUCAUCGUCUGCGCCUACGCCGCGGCCUUCGCUACGGCACGAAGUUGGUGGGCGACGGCGAGAUGGAGUUUCUACGCGUCUUCAGGUCAAGUGUUCUCAAUUAUAGUGUUCGGAGGUGCGACUAUCGGCCGUCAAAGUUCAUUCGGUUUCGACUACACCAAGGCCAAGCUGGCCGCAGGCAGACUGUUCACCAUCAUCGACCGCCAGCCAAAGAUCGACAUCGACAAGUCGGGUGGCUUACAACUGAACAACUACAGCGGGCAGGUGGCAGUGGCCAACGCUACUUUCUUCUACCCUACGCGCCCAGUUCGGGUGCUGGGUGGCCUGGACCUGGCUGUGGAAGGGGUCAGACCCUGGCACUAGUCGGGGAAGUGCUGUGGCAAGUCUACGGUCAUCCAGCUGUUACUAAGGUUCUACGAUUCAGAAUCUGGAGCUGUGUUACUGGACGGCGAGGACACCCGCAACCUUGACCUCCGGUGGCUGCGGCAGCAGAUCGGCCUGGUGUCGCAGGAGCCAGUUCUGAUGGACGGCAGCAUAGCCAGCAACAUCGCCUACGGCGACAAUACGCGGGAAGUGCCGAUGGCUGACAUCAUCGCUGCGGCCAAGACCGCCAACAUCCACAGCUUCAUCGAGAGUCUUCCGCAGGGUUACGACACUAAUGUAGGCGACAAAGGGACACAACUAAGUGGUGGGCAGAAGCAGCGAAUCGCGAUCGCACGCGCACUCGUGCGUAACCCACGUGUCCUGCUGCUCGACGAGGCGACCUCUUCCGUGGACACUGAAAGCGAGCGGGUGGUGCAAGAAGCCCUCGAUAAGGCACGCGAGGGCCGCACAUGCAUCGUCAUCGCCCAUCGACCGUCCACCAUCCAGAACGCCGACAAAAUCGCGGUGAUAGGUGAAGGCCGGGUGGUAGAGAUUGGCAACCACAGCCAGCUUCUGGCCACGAAGGGAGAGUAUUACAACCUGCUGCAGCUGCAGGGCAAGGGCAAAGCCGAGUGACCACGUGACAAGAACAAGAUGGCGUCUGUCAGCUUAAGUUAGCGUUCAUUAAGUGAAACCUAAUAGCGGUAAAUAGCCUAUAGGAGUAGAGGUAAGUAAAUAACUGUAUAAUAAAAAAUUUUUUUAAAAAGCGAA